AUUGUUGAUUAUAUUAACCUUUGCCUUAGCUCGUGUUAAAAAUCCACUGGAAAAUCAGUAUCAUCAUUGUUAGUUAGAAAGAUAGGUAUCGUCUCCUAUUUGAAAUACUGUUUAACAACAAAGGAUGAUGUACUUAACCAGCUUCUUCUUUUCAUUUCUGUGUGCGGUCUGCGGUACCAACGGCUUACUAGUCCCACGGGAUCCACCUCCCCCAUGGCAAGCAGCACUUAUGGCUAGAUAUAUUAUCCACAAUACAGGUUGGAUCUCAAUAGCAACAAUAUCUACGCAGUCAUCAAUAAAAGGUUAUCCGUUUGUCAGCUUAAAAUCCUUAAGUGAUGGACCUGUUAAAAAUUCAACGGGUAUUCCUUACCUCUACAUGACUGAAAUGGAUGUUUCAGGCAAGGAUAUAGAGAGCGACAAGCGAGUUACGAUAAUGGCUUCCCUUGCAGAAACUGAUUAUUGUGAAAGUGAUAAUUUUGAUCCACAAGACCCACGAUGUGCCAAGGUACUUAUUAGUGGAACUUUACUAAAGAUCAAGAAAACAUCUCCAGAAUAUCAGUUCGGAAAAGAAGCUUUAUUUGAAAAACAUCCAUCCAUGAAAAACUGGCCGGCAGAUCACCAAUUUUAUGUAGCGAAAGUUUCUCCGCAACAAAUCGAAGUCUUGGAUUAUUUUGGAGGCCUAAAAAUGGUCACAGUGGAUGAUUACUUCAGUGCCAACAUAACUGAUCUUAUCAAUUUAGAUUUAGCUAGACCUUUACCUAGAGUAUCUGUACUUGAAAUAGAUAAUUUCUAAAAAAUCUUUACCUAGUCAUAUUUUUAGUCUGUGUAAUCUAUGCUUAAAUAUAAAUAAAACUGUAUACUAAUUCA